CUUUGAAGGGAGGGUGUGUGUAUGUGUAGUGUAGUCUCCCCCUUUCCCCCUCUAACUACGAAACUUGUUGUGCAACAAUGUCCUCGGAAACCCGAUCAAGAGUUUAGGUUAGUGACUGUAGAGACUGUUUUGGGACUAGAAGAGAAUAACUGGGACUGUUUUUCUAAUGGAUGGAAUGUUGAGAGGGAAUUCUAUUUGACAGCUGUAAAGCAUGGCGGAGAAAGGUACCACCAAAACCGCGCCAGCUGCCCCGGGAGGCGACGCCUCCGAAGAUGGUGACUUUGUGGCACUACGAGAGAGCCGAGAGAAUCGUGUGCCAGAAACUCUGGAUUUGUCACAAGGAGAGCUUGAGAAAAUAUUAGCUAUUGUGAAAGAAACCAGACCUCAAUCAGCCAGCCAAAGACCAGUUACUGGUAUCGUCCGGCGAAAAACCACUCUGGGGCAAGAGGAUUACUGGACUCAAUUGAUAGAUGCUGCCAACAGUGGUACUACUGCUUUCUCGGCCGCCGUAAAGAGAGUACACGCUAACCAUGCUUUGUACAGCAAAGAUCUUCUUGAUCCGGUCAAUGGUCAAAACAUUCUACACUAUUCAGUAGAACUGAAAAGUCAAGACCUGAUUAGCAUUGUCCUUGACAUUGGGGACGAGCAGCUACUCCUGCAACAAUUUGAUGUUGAAGUUUCUAAAAUUAAGGGAAAGAAGAAUGUACUACACCAGGUCGUAGAACAAAAUAAUUUACAACUUUUUAAAACUUUGUUAUCCAAACUGACAAACAGAGACAAACGCAUUGAUCUGCUAAAUAAGGAAACACCGGUGGAGAUUAUAGGCCAGAGGCCAAGGACGUUCCCAUGUUUACAUUUGGCCGCAUAUUACGGCUUUACGGAGUUAGUAGAAUUUAUCAUCAGUCAGGGAAUAGAUGUCAACCAUCUGAAUGCCAAAAAUGACACUUCCUUAUUGUGGGCAUCCCGCUGGGGACAUCAAGCCACCGUGAGGUCGUUGUUGAAACAAGGUGCUAACCUUAGCAUAGAGAAUGAUAAAGGUUCCACUGCUUUAUACUGGGCGGUGCGCUAUGGUUUUACUGAAACGGUCGACAUCCUAGCCAGGGAAGGACAUGCCAAUGUAAGUCAAACACGAAAACUGGGCCUUGUCGCACCAAUCGUUUUAGCCAGUGCCCUGGGAUUUGAGAAAAUUGUCUCCAUUUUAUUAGAGUUUGGAGCAGAUCCUAAUUUUGCAAUCCGAGGAGGUGAGAGACCUAUUCAUCAUGCCGCUAGGGAAGGAUUUGCCAACAUCAUUGAGAUUUUAGUUUCCAAAGGUGCCUUAGUUGAUGCAGCAGAUGAGAGGGGUGACACUGCCUUACUUCUGACAGCUAAAUAUGGAAGGCCAAAGUCCAUGCAGACACUGCUACACCUAGGAGCUAAUGUCUAUCACAAAAAUUUGAUGGGGGAUGAUGUUUGGACAUUUGCUGUUAGCAGUGACAAUGAUCUCAUCUUAAAGCUACUGGUUAUUCAUCAAAGAAAACAGGAAUUAGAAAAUUUUCAAGAUUUUAUUCCAAAUGUGAACUCAAAAGUACUAUCUUCAACAGCAGGAUCUAAUUCUCUUCUGUUUUUAGCAGCUUCUGUUGGAAAUAUUGAACGUAUUAAACUUCUGCUUGAAUUGAAGAUUGAUGCCAGUGUCACAGAUGAGGAAGGAAAUAAUUUUUUACAUCAUGCAGCCAUCAACAAUCAAGCGCAAGUCAUCAAAGAGUUUCAUAAAAUUGUAAAUAUUGACUCUGUGAACAAAUCUCUUAACACUGCCUUACACGAGGCUUGUAGAAGAGGACACCAUGAAACUAUAAUGGAACUUAUUCAAUGCAAAGUUUUGGUUAACAAAAGAAAUUCUCAGGGAGAAACAGCUCUACAUGUGGCAGCUAACUCAGCAUCUAUUCAACCCCAUUCUGUCUCUAAACUAAUGGACUAUGUCAUCAAGACUCACCCAUGGGAGAGUCUCAACAUUACAGAUAACUUCGGCAACAAUCCACUUCACAUAGCCGCCAAAUUUGCCAGGCCUGAAGUUCUUUGGGAGUUUAGAUUUGUCAGAUUUAAAGAUACAGAUGUGGAUGGAAACAUAGCGCUUCAUGAAGCUGUCAGGCCUGGAGAACCAGAGGCUCUAGAAAUGAUGCUGGACAUUUAUGAUGCCAUGAAGAGAGAUUGUGAUAUCAACCAUCAAAAUAAGAAACUACAAACAGUUCUACACCUUGCUGCCAGGGAAGGUUUUUUGGAUUGUGUCAGGAGACUGAUCUUAUUUGGGGCAGACAUUUCUUUAGCUGAUUACAAAGGCAAUACAGUUCUGCACAUACUGACUGCUUUAACAGUUACAGACCCUGUCCACUGCAGUAAAUAUAUGGAGAUUAUUGAAACCAUCUUAGAGAAAGCUCCUCAAUGGUAUUCCACAAAUAAGAAGAUCAAAGUCAAUGAGAACAUAGAGAAUCAAUCUAGUCACAUGAUCAGAAGAAGGGCUGUACUUAACCUGGUCUGCGAGACCAGCAACAGGGAGGAGCUAACUGUCCUUGACCUUGCUUGUAAGAUGGGAGCUUUUGAAGUUGUUCAGCUUCUAGUCACAAUGGAAGAUGUCAUGGCAUUUAAGGUUGGCAGAAAUAUUCGCUAUGAUAUUUCUAGUAUCACACCUAGAACUAAUGGAACCCUAGGUGGCAUGUGUGUCAAGGGAUCAAUUUCUCCUAGACCUUCUUGUCUGGAAUGGUUGCUGGCUAUUGGUGAUUAUGUGCCACAGAAUGCUGCCAAAAUUUUGGAUAUUCAGCCAUUUAGUGAUAUGGAGACAGCCUAUAGUUCUGUGUCAGCUUGGGCCUAUGCUGUCAUCAUCACUGUUCAUAUCAUCUACAUGAUUCUGUUUAGUUGGUCAGGUCUCACUCUCUUAUACAAUGACAGAUCUCAUCCAGGUCAGCGUGUGGCUGAUGCUCCCACCUUGAUUACAUACAUCAUAGUACCACUAGAGCCAGCCUAUUUUAUUUUUUACAAUGUCUACACAUUAGUGAAGUUGUGUUGCAUGGGAGAACUUUCCAUAAGAUCCAAACUAUCUCAGAGUGGAUUAAAAACGAUGUUGUCAGCAUUUAUGUCUGUGAUAGUUGGCAUCAUCUACUCCAUUUUUGUCAUUAUCUGGAUUAUCACAUACGCAGUGGAUUACAACUACAUGGAUUACUUUCUAGCUAUUGCACUUUGUAUAGGCUGGAUGUUUUCUGUAGUGUUCACAAGAGGCUUCAAAGUUAUAAACUACUUCUGGAGACUCAUUCAGAUCAUGAUCAUUCGGGACGUCUUUAAGUUUUUAUUUAUCUACCUCUUUGUACUGCUGGCCUUCUCCUUUGCUUUCCAUGCCUUGUUUCAAGUUUCUUCAACUCUGUCAGAUUUGUACCCUAAUCCCAUUGACACUAUCUUCUUAAUGUUCAACAUGUGGCUUGGUAUGACAUUUUUGUUUGGUGAUGAUUCUGUGGACCAGGGAUUUAGUGCAGUUGAUAGGACAUCUGUGUUCAUCAAGGUUCUGUAUGUCAUCUACAUGGUGCUGGCCACAUUAGUGCUAUUGAACCUAUUGAUUGCUAUGAUGAAUGACUCUUACCAGGAGAUUCUGAGGAAACAACGUCAAGCUUGGAGAAUUGAAUCAGUUCAGCUUGGUGUGGAUGUGGAGAAAAGCAUGCCUAUAACAUUCCCAAUGUUUAGCAAGGUCAAGGUUAUUAGAGGGUAUAUCUGCCCAGCAGAUGAAGCCAAUGGGGUCACAAGAUGGUACAUUGAAGUGGCUAAAAGGAAGCAGGUCCUUGAGGCUACACAAGUUGAAGAAGAAACUGAUAGGUCAGCUCUGGAAGAACUCAAGACCAAAAUGAUCAACAUGGACAGUAGACUGAAUGAACAAAUUCAAAGUCUCAAAAUGAACAUUGACGACAUUCACACAAUGCUGAAGAAUUUAGAAAAAAACUUAACAAGACAAUAAGAAUAAUAAGCAAAUGUUUUUGGGGUGAUAAAUGUAAUAUUUGUUGAAAACUUUUGUUACAUGUUACUGUUGUCAUGAUAACAUUUCCUAAAGCAAUAGUUAGCCAUUGCUCUCAUGAAAACAAUAAAAUGUACAGUAUAACAUGUAGCCUACAUAUGAAAUACAAUUGUUACAUAUUUAUGUUGAAAGAAAACAACAAUGCUGUAUGUUUAUAGGCUCAACAUUUUUAUUUAAACUACUGAAUGUUUUAAAACUACGGGUACUAAUUUAUGAUAAACUGUUCCAGUUGUCUAAUAUAAGUGUCCUAGAUCAAUGUGUCUCAACCUUUCUUAAGUAAACCUUUAAAAAAAAAUCUAAGUAACCCCCCUCUCAUUUUACAUUAUAUGAUAUAUCCUGCAUACUUCAGUAUUAAAUCUGCAGGUUGAGCUAACUAAAUGUAUCCUAUAUGAAUGGCAAAGUUAGUCUCUUUGGACUUAACUAGUACUAGUUAUUGCCUGGUUGAGCUGUGUUAUUCUAAGUAAAUGUAUCCUAUACCAAAGGCAAAGUUAGCCUCUUUGGACUUAACUAGUACUAGUUAUUGCCUGGUGAGCGUCAACAUGAUGGUCCCAAGUUUGAACCUGAUGUCCUGUAGGAGGUUUUGGGCUAAGAUGUAACAAACUUCAUUUCUGAAGAAGCAUCCUUAUUUUGAUGUAAAAAUGAAUUAUGCUGAGUUUGUGUGCACUAGUUAUUGUUAUUGAAUGCAAUGAAUGUAAUGCAUACAUUUAUAGUUGGUCUUGUAUGUAUUCUAAAAGAUGCUUUCGGUUAAUGGUCAAACAGAUGAAUUCUUGAAUAUUAAACGUUUUCGUUAUGUUUCUUGACAUAACCUGUUGAAUUGCAAUCCUCACAAGUCUGAAAAAUUGACCCCACCCCAACUAGGCCCCAAUAUAGCAGGUCUCUUCAGCUAACAUGUGACUGUACAACAUAAGUGUCUUUGUUUUUUUCUAUGCUGUUCAUUGAGUUCCUAAAAAGUAGCUUUAAAUCAGAAACUUAAAUUAAAAAGAAAACAAAAAUUUAACAUUAUUCCAUCCUCAGAAAACAUUUAAUCCUAACACUCAAUACAUUUCAACAAUACCUCAUAGCAGCACAAAUUGAUAGACAAUAUUUUUUUUGGUCUAAUUCUGAGCAAAAAGAAAAUCUUUUGAACCAGUAUUUCCCUCUCUAUCCCCCACUUUUUCUUUCUUCUGAAAAUGGGCUUCAAACCAGGAACAGACGGUCUUACUGCUAGAAAGGAGUGUCUGCUAAUGAUAAAGCAACUUGUAUACUGGCUGUGAUUUAUAUACACAUUUAUUUAUUAUUUGGUUUUAAUAUGUUUUCUUGUUUUUUUUUAAUCUCUAGCUAUAAAUCCUUAAAUAUAAAUUCUAAGACAAGAAAUCUGA